CUCUCCGCCGCCGCGCUGCCGGCACCGGCUACGGUGGGGGCUGCGGCGGCGCCGUGCACCCGCUCGGCCCCCGCGGCGCGGUCGUCCUUCCCCCCCGCCUCCCGCCCCCGGCGGAGCGGCGGCUGCAUGGGGCGGCGCUGAGCGUCGGAACGGCGGUGGCGGCGGGGAGCCAUGCUGUCGAGGAAGGGGAUCAUCCCCGAGGAGUACGUGCUGACCCGGCUGGCGGAGGAUGUGCCGGAUCAUGCCCGGUAUCGCGCGCGGGAGCGGCGGGCGCGUUUCGUGGGCAAGAAUGGUGCCUGCAACGUGGCCCAUAAAAACAUACGGGAGCAGGGGCGCUUCCUCCAGGACGUCUUCACCACCCUGGUGGACCUCAAGUGGCCUCACACGCUGCUCAUCUUCACCAUGUCCUUCCUCUGCAGCUGGCUGCUCUUUGGCAUGGUCUGGUGGCUCAUCGCCUUCGCCCACGGAGACCUGGACCACAGCACGCGGCUGCAGCGCGACCCUGGAGAGGGGGUGGCGGAGGCCCCGGGUGGCUUUGUGCCCUGCGUGACCAGCAUCCACUCCUUCACCUCCGCCUUCCUUUUCUCCAUCGAGGUGCAGGUGACGAUCGGCUUUGGGGGACGCAUGGUGACAGAGGAGUGCCCAGCUGCCAUCCUGGUGCUGAUUGUGCAGAACAUCGUGGGGCUGGUGAUCAACGCCAUCAUGCUGGGCUGCAUCUUCAUGAAGACCUCGCAGGCCCACCGCCGGGCUGAGACCCUCAUUUUCAGCAAGCACGCAGUCAUCGCCCUGCGGGAGGGCAAGCUCUGCUUCAUGCUACGGGUGGGUGACCUCCGGAAGAGCAUGAUCAUCAGCGCCACCAUCCGCAUGCAGGUGGUGAAGAAGACCGCCAGCCUGGAGGGGGAGGUGGUGCCCCUCAACCAGAUUGACAUCCAGAUGGAGAACCCUGUGGGGGGCAACAGCAUCUUCCUUGUCUCCCCACUCAUCAUCUACCAUGUGAUAGACAAGAACAGUCCCCUUUACGACAUCUCCCCCCUGAACCUUCACCACCACGAGGACCUGGAGAUCAUCGUCAUCUUGGAAGGGGUGGUGGAGACCACCGGCAUCACCACUCAAGCCAGAACCUCCUACCUGGCAGAUGAAAUCCUCUGGGGCCAAAGGUUUGUGCCCAUUGUGGCAGAGGAAGAUGGGCAAUACUCUGUGGACUACUCUAAAUUUGGCAACACGGUGAAAGUGCCCACCCCUUCGUGCACUGCUAGGCAGCUGGAGGAGGACAAGAGCAUUAUGGACACCAUGCCGUUGUCCCCUAAAGGCACAAUAAGGAAGAGGUCUGUCAAGCUAAAGCCCAAGUUUACCAUAAGCGAUGAGCCUUCCUGAUGCCUUUUGACUGGGAAACUCUGUUAGGGCUUUGUGUCUGAAAGAUCUCAUAAACUCAAAACACUGAGGUGGCCUCUUACUUUUUUUUAAAUUCAGGUUGGUAGCACAAGGUAUGUUCUGGUAUUAUUUAUUGUGGGAUAAAUCUAAAGCUAAUUAUAUUUUUUUAAAGGUGUGAGAGAUUUCAAGCAGCACUGGGAGUAGGAAAAUCAUGGUCUGCAGCUUUAAAUUUCAAUUCAGGCUGUCCUAUUUAAUUGCACGAUCAUUUUGCAUUGAUUCAUCUGCAGGUAAUGACAUAUUUUCUCAAAAAAUAAAUGUAUAUUUAGCCUCGGAGAUUGCAGUACUUAGGGUCUUGCAGUGUCCUCAGGUCAGUAGUUCUUAACUGUUUUUUCCUAACUUGAACAAUCAAUACAGCAAAAUAAAAUAUUAAUAAUUAAUAAAGUAGGCUGGAUUUAAAUGGUAACAAAAGGGUCAGGCAAUGUUAUGUAUGACACAAGACCAGAUCUGGAAGUGUCUAUGUAUUGUACUCUAUGUCUCAAAGAAAUUAACUGCCAGAUUUGCUUCAUCCAUAUUGUAUUGUAUGGAGCCACUCCUACCACAUGCAAUAUGAAAUGUAUUUGAAUAUUUACUUUCGUUUAUUUUAAAACCCUUUACACUUCCAAAAUAAAACAUUUAGGAAUACCUUUUUGGAGUGUACAUUUCUGAUAGUAAGCAAUGCUUUACCUUUAAAAAGAGUAGCAGAUAGUAUACAACUGAAAUAAAUUAAUUAUAAAUAGGAAAAAUUCUGUAUUCUAAUUUCUAAAUGAAGAGAAGCAACAUCCCCCUCACACACACAGAGCCACAUGGCAAUAGGAUACCCAGUAAAAAAAUUAAUCUCUCUCUUAGGUCAGAGUGAAUUCUGUUAGAUAAUCUAGAAAUAUAAAUAGAAUUAGAUAUUUUAAAUGAGAGGGCAAUGCUGAAUGCUGAAAUUGUAUCUGCAUGCAGUAGGCAAAACCAUUCACUCCUUUCCCUUCUGUAAAAGAAGCUGAGGUUUUUGUGCUUAGGGCAAGGAGGGAAGUGGAAGGCAGUGUGGUCACUUCUGGGAUGCUGUGUCACAAAACAUGCUCCUGCUGAGGAAACGAUUCUCUUUUCUAUUUACAUCCUGACCUCCCUACACUGCUGAGGCCCGCCUUGGUUUUUAGCUGAAUUCAAGAGCUGGCAUUUACCAGCAAACAUGAAGGAGCCAUGUUCACCCCCUCAGUUCCACAGAGACAAUAGGAGCAAUUCCUUAGCACACUCCUGCAAAUCCUCUAUCUGGGGAUAUUACUAACAGCAGGAAUUUUAUUUCUAUGCAGAGUUAUUAGGAGAUAGCAGCCGUAUUAACUACAGCGUGCUGUGAACAGGGCAAACUGCAGCUCGAGUAAAAAAAAGAUAAUGUUGUCGAAAUAAAACCUAAAUAAGCAUUACAGAACUGAUCCAACACCUGGUUACACAAGCUGUGCAGAGAGGCACCAAGUUACUUUCAACUUCAUUAUUCAAGCAACUUUUAGUAUCAAAUCUUGUGUGUUAUGUACUUCACGACAGACACCUAAAAUGGUUUGUGUUGGCAAUAAUAUGGCACAUUUUUGAUGCCUUGUCAGUGUAACAAUAUGACAAACUCAUUCAAAAGUGUGACGAAACUUCCAUAUUGACUGCGGAGUAUUUUCAGGCAUCUAUAUUAAAAUGAAGUAAUGUUUGGGUAAAAUCAAAGGUUGUUUUAAAAUGAUAAAAUAGGAGUUAUAUUUUCAAUAUUUGUGUAUUUCAGUUUUAUGAAGACCUGUAUCAGCAUUAUCAGACUGCCAGUUAAGAGAAUAAAUGCCUGUUCAGUUUCCAAAUUCCCAAUACACCAAUACUAUUCUGUGAACAGCUCUGAAAAUGUGAUAUAUGUUUCACAAUGAAAAGACAGUCAAACUAGCAUUAACAAGUAGUCACCAAAGAAAAUUUGGAAAGGCAUAUUUUACAUUUGUAAUCAUAAAAAAUCCUAUUUUUUUUAAAUAGGGAAUGAUUAAAUGCCUUUGGUGAUUAAAUUUCUUCUGUAA